ACGAAAAAAAAAAAAGAAAAAAAAAAAGAAGUUUUCUCUCUCGAUCUCUCUCCUUUCAUCUCCCAUAUUCCGUUUUAUUAAUCUCUCUCCCAGAUUUUCUCUUUCCUUCGACUCUCUCUCCUCUGAGAGGUUGACGAAACAAAGAAACUGAAUUAAAAAAAAAAAAAAGAAAAAAAAAAAAAGGAGAUGAGGAAUAGCAUAAGAUGCUGCAUAUCUUGCAUUCUACCAUGUGGAGCUCUGGAUGUGAUCCGCAUAGUACACUCCAAUGGCUACGUCGAAGAAAUCAGUGGCUCAAUCAAAGCCUCCGACGUCAUGAAAGCCCAUCCCAAACAUGUCCUUAAGAAGCCCUCCUCCCCCUCCUCCUCCGCCGCCUGCGCUGAUGACGCCUCCGCCCUCCCCAAGAUCGUCAUCGUCCCACCGGAAGCCGACCUCCAACGCGGUAAGAUUUAUUUCCUCAUGCCACUCCCUCCCAACCCUGACAAGCCUCGCUCCCGAUCCUCCUCCCGAAGAAAGAAGAGAGUUACCAAUAACAACAAUAAAAACAAUCAUCACUCCGACCGAACACCCCCCGCCGCCCUCGCAUCUGCCACCGCCGAUACCGACGACAACGACGACAACAACAACAACAACAGCUCCAUUUCCAUGUCCAACCUCCACGUUUCCGACCAGUACCUCUCCGAAAUACUCUCCGAGAAAGCCUCCACCCACCGCGAACGGCGGCGCGGCCGUGUCGGCGUCUGGAGACCUCACUUAGAGAGCAUUUGCGAGUCACCCAGCCAUGUCUAAUAACCGGCUACUCAGGUUGUGGGUCUUUUUUUUUUUUUUAAAACAUAAAACCAUAUAGAAAUAUAUAUCAUCAUAAUUAAAUUCCAUUUCUUCAAUAUCAUGAUCAUUCCUUUCCCCCAGGAAAAAAAAAAAAGCCCUUUUCCAAUUUCACCAGAUUGAUUGCAGAGAGAAGGAUCUGAAAUUAAGAAUGUGGUAAAUUUAAUUUUUUACUAAUCUUUGCUUAAUUAAUUUUAUAUUUUUCUGGAAAUUUGUGGAUUUUUUAAUGCAGUAGUCUAGAAUUUAUUCUAUUAUAAGCAUAGUUUAAUUGAUAUAAAAUGUAUAUUAUUUCUGUGCAUCAACAUAAUUUUGAGUGAUUGUGAUAUGAUGAUGAUUGUAC